CUUCUCACCCGGUGCAAUGGCGACCUACCCACCGCCGAGCACCUCGCUCCCGGCAGAAGAGUACGAGCUCACGUCGGCCGGCACGGUGCAGCCACCGCCGCCGCAGGCGCAGGCUCCGGGAUCGGCCAAAUCGCGCAAGCUCACACUCCACCCGAACGCGUCGAGCUCGGCCUUGCUCUUCGCAGCGCCUGGCGCCAACUCGAGCCCCGUCAAUCAGCGCCCCCGGCCGCGCAGGCGCGCUAGCUCAAAUUCGACGCGCUUGCAUUCGGGCGGCAACCAUGAGUUCACGAGAUCCCACUUCCUCAACGAGGACCUCGACCACCUCGGCCCUGCGUCUGAAGAGGUCCACGUGCCUAACUUUGGAAGCAUCCUCGGCUUCAACGAGACAGGAGAGGACCACUAUUCCGUUGCUGCGACAAUACGCAGUCGGUGGAAGCGCAAGCUGUACCUCCUCCUCGAGGAGCCGGCCAGUGGACGGGAGGCGUUCUACGUCCAUGUGUUGGUGACGGGAGCGAUCAUCUUCAGUGCAAUCUUGACGACGUUAUCCACCCUGCCGGCGUUUCACACCGACCCGGUCGCUGUCAAGACCCAGUUUGGCCUCGACACGACACUCGUCCUCCUCUUCACGAUCGAGUACAUUGCGCGCUCGCUGGCUCACUCGGCGUCAUGGACAAUGUACUACAACUGGGCGACGUCCUUCUUUGGCGUCCUGGACCUUCUGGCAAUCCUGCCGUACUACAUCGAGGUCAUUCGGCAACAGGACACGUCGAUCCUGUUCCGCUUCUCCAUCUUGAGGACAUUCCGACUUCUUCGAGUCUUCCGUGCGUUCAGGUACCAGAGUUCGAUGCUCUUGACCAUCGAGGUCAUGUACGUUGCUGUCCGGCGGUCCAAGGACGCCUUGAUCGCUAUCUCGUACUUUAUCCUACUGGUCCUCGUCCUCUUCUCGACCCUCAUUUACUUUGCCGAGCGCGGCACAUGGGACGCGACCCUCGGCGCGUUUGUCGACUCUGACGGCGACGUCUCGCUGUUCGACUCGAUCCCGCAGACGGCGUGGUAUGCGCUCGUCACGAUGAGCACGGCUGGGUACGGCGAUGUGGUGCCCAAGAGCGCUCUUGGCAAACUGCUGUCUGUUCCAUUGCUCAUGUUUGGUCUGCUGCUUAUCGCGCUCCCGUCGUUCGUGCUCGGUCGCAACUUUGCCAUUGUCUACGACGCCAUGGUGCACACCAUUCCUCAAGCCCCGACACCAGCCGAUUCGCCACCACCAUCACCGCGCCGGGGCGGCAUCCUUACACCAGUGGAGGAGGCCGACAGCGUGCCAUUGUUACCAGUCACAGCACCGGCGUUAUCAUCACCGUUGCCGCAGCCCCACGUCAAGGAGGGCAGUGGCGGGUCGCUGUCCCAGCCCAAGAUGUGGGACCCACUGGCCCAGGGCUUACCGGCAGGCCCGUCGACCGCACCUCAGCCGGCCCGCGACAAGGGCCUCACCAACGUCAAGUUGGCAAAGAACCAGUUUGUCCUUCUGGAACAGAUUGACUCUCUGAGACGGGUUGUCGACAAGCAAGGGGAGACGAUUGACCGCCAGGCGCAGAUGAUGGCUCAGUUGCUCGAGGCGCUGUCCAUCAGGGAGGGGAUCAGUGAAUCGCCCAGCGGCAAGGGCAAAGGCAAGGCUCGGGAGGACGACGACGAUGACCAUAUACUGCAAUAAUUAGAGCCACAUAGACCGAGAAGUGAC